UGGAAGAAUAAAAUUGUACCUUGUACCGUAGGUUCCAUGUAGAAUGCUCUGCGGAAUUGAGUGAUUGAGGUUUAUCAAUUAGCAUUCCCUGUGGUUUCGGAAUAAAGAUAUGAUACUGGGAACUUGCCCACUGAGUUUCUCGCCGGAACUUCUCAGUGAGUCGCGUCUCCGAUCUGGUAGUAGAUUCUAUGAAGCACUGCUCUUGGGCUAGGGCUAGUGUUAGCAACGCCCCCAGGCUUGGGCCCGAGAGUUCACCUACACGUUAGGUAGGUAGCGAUGGCAUAGCUCUCAUGACUACCACCUUAGGUAAGAAAAAAAGGGAGCAAAUGUUACCCGAUCUGUUUUGUUCGCUUAGGGAUUUUUAUGUUGUUGAUGUGGUAUUAUUAAAAUUUGUGUUUGACGUUUCUUAUUUUCGUUUUGAGUUGGCAAAUGUCAAUUUAUCGGUGAUACGUACCUACAUUGAGAAAUCCAUUUAUUAUAACUUUUUGAGUUGAUUCUAGUACUUAGUAGGAAUCAUUCAUAAGUUAAACAUGAAUUUCAAAGUAUUAUUGUUACUAACAAUAACUAUAACAUACUAUGAAGGAGCUGCGCAACCUCGAGCUAAAGGGAUUGAGGAGAAAGUGCAGCAGUUGACUGAUAUUACAGCAAAGAAGUCUGUAAUUCCAUUAAACAUAAAUAAGUUUAAGGAAUAUGUGAAGUCUCCUCCAAGGGAUUAUUCAUUUGUAGUGAUGUUCACUGCAAUGGCACCUGCAAGAAGGUGUGCUAUCUGUCAGCAUGUUAACGAUGAAUAUUUGUUGGUGGCCAACUCAUUUAGAUUCUCAGCUGCUUACAAUAAUAAAUUAUUCUUUGGUAUUGUUGAUUUUGAUGAAGGCUCAGAUAUCUUCCAAAUGUUACGGCUUAAUACUGCACCUGUGAUAAUGCACUUCCCAGCUAAAGGCAAACCUAAGCCUGCUGACACAAUGGACUUUGAGAGAGCUGGCAUCCAUGCUGAGGCCAUCGCUAAGUGGAUACAGGACAGAACUGAUGUACAGAUUCGAGUCUUCCGAUCACCAAAUUACUCAGCGGCUGUAGCUUUUUCAACUCUCUUCAUCAUAUUGGCUGGUUUUCUUUAUAUCCGUAGAAACAACCUCGAGUUCCUCUACAAUAAACAGUUAUGGGCAGUUUGUGCUGUGUUCUUCUGCUUUGCAAUGGUGUCUGGGCAGAUGUGGAAUCAAAUUAGAGGCCCACCAUUUUUCCAUAGAACAAAAACUGGCCCGGUCUAUAUAAACGGGGGAUCACACGGACAGUUUGUAUUGGAGAGUUACAUUGUUGCUAUACUGAAUGGGGCUGUGGUUGUGGGUAUGAUCCUAAUGAUUGAAGCAGCAGGUGGAGUUAAAAACCAUGACCCAACACGAACCCUGGCCGAAGGGAAGCGUCGAAGGUUCCAGUCAGUUGUUGGUCUAAUAUUAGUCUGCGUGUUCUUCUCACUGCUUUUAUCAGUAUUCAGAGCAAAGACGCAAGGAUAUCCAUAUAGUUUCUUGUUCAAGUGAGAAAAUUACUAUGCAAGAGACCAACGUCGUCCCCUAUUUAUAUUUUUAAAAUAUAUCUCACAAGUAAAUUUAAUAAAUGGAAGAACUCUUUUUUGAUCUGAGUCAUUGAGUUUAAUGGCUAUAGAUUUUUUCAAGUGUGUGAUGUUUGAAACUUAUAUUAAUUACGUUGGUCAAUAAAGUUAUAAAGAAAAAGUUA